CGUAACUUUUACAACAAAAAACUACGAAGGUGCGAGCCGGCGUUUCUGUGGAUUUCGGACUCGACUCAAAGUGCUGAUGCGGUACUUUCCGGUUGGAAAAAGAAUCAUUAGUUCAAGCAACAGACAACGAGGUGAAAUCCAGAAUGGUUUGAAGCCGCCGCAGAAAGACGGAGUCACUAAAUCAAACCCCAGCAAAAGACAUCGCGAAAGAUUGAACGCUGAAUUGGAUACUCUGGCAUCUUUGUUGCCAUUUGAACAAAAUAUUCUUAGUAAACUCGAUCGACUCAGUAUUCUUAGGCUCAGUGUCAGUUAUUUACGUACCAAGAGCUACUUUCAAGUUGUGAUGCACAAAGACAAAGAAGAAAACUCACAUCGAGAUUCCCACUAUCGGGCCAGAGAAAUGACAGCAUUGGCAGCUUACGAUCAUAACCAUUUAGACGGGGAAAUGUUUUUACAGGCACUCAAUGGUUUCUUGUUGAUAUUAACGUGUGAUGGGGAAGUAUUUUUUGCAACGCACAGCAUAGAAAAUUACCUCGGAUUCCAUCAAUCUGACAUAGUCCACCAAAGUGUCUACGAGCUAGUCCACAGCGAAGACCGGGAAGAGCUGCAACGUCAACUAAUGUGGAAUUCUUUUUUACCAUCAGAAAGCUCAAACUUACCCCUUCACGAUGCACUCUCGAUCCAGCAUAGCCAUCUGCUGGAACGGAGCUUUACCGUCCGCUUCCGUUGUCUUUUAGACAACACUUCCGGCUUCUUGAGAUUAGACAUCAGGGGGAGAGUGAAAGUACUGCAUGGUCAAAAUAGAAAGACGGAAGAGCCUCCGCUGGCGCUGUUUGCUCUCUGUACCCCUUUUGGACCUCCUUCGUUGCUAGAAGUACCGCAGAAAGAAGUUAUGUUCAAGAGCAAACACAAACUGGACUUUGCGCUGGUGUCAAUGGACCAACGGGGAAAAAUGUUGCUGGGUUACUCAGAUGCAGAGCUAACGAAUCUCGGUGGCUAUGAUUUAGUUCACUACGAUGAUCUCGCAUACGUCGCAAGUGCUCAUCAAGAACUUUUGAAAACCGGCGCUUCGGGUAUGAUAGCCUAUAGGUAUCAAAUGAAAGACGGCGGCUGGCAAUGGCUGCAGACAAGUUCCCGACUAGUUUACAAAAAUUCAAAGCCAGACUUUGUCAUCAGUACUCACCGUCCUUUGAUGGAGGAAGAAGGUCGCGAUCUACUGGGGAAACGUACGAUGGACUUCAAAGUGAGUUAUCUAGACGCAGGCCUGACCAAUAGUUAUUUCUCAGACAACGACAGUCUGACAGGGCCAUCAAUGACGCCAACGUUGCCAGCCCAACCGACACCUCAACGAGUGAAUCGUCGUUACAAGACUCAACUUCGUGACUUCCUGUCGACGUGUCGGAGUAAGAGAACCAAGUUGGCCAAUCAAUCCUCGGGUUCACCACCUACGACACCCACAGUCGCAUCGGUGGACUAUUUAACAGCGGACACAAGUGCUGCUGCGGCAGUCGCCGUGGCGUACAGCAACCUCAAUACCAUGUAUCCGACUCCGUACGCUCCGGCAGCAGUGGCAGCAACCACGGAUCCAUCUCUGACGACGUACAUCGGUCACACGGGAAACUAUCACCAGACUCUGUAUCCAGCGACGGCUCUGGACAAUCGUUACCUCACCGCGACAGAGAAUUUGUUCCAGUAUCGUCCGCUGGGGUCUUAUUAUCCCGACUAUCACACAACGACGGCCUACAACGGGUUCAUCGAUGUUUCGCUGCCCACGUACGACACUCACCAGCUGGCGAGCAGUAAAACAGAGGAACGCUUGUACUGCCAGCAGCUAGAGUCUCCCAAAUAUAGUUACGUGGACACACGGCAUCCCAACAGCGUGAGCGGCUCGCCUUAUGCACCGAGUCCUGUCACAGCGACUCCGUUGCAUCAAAACCCCGACAUCAGUGUCGUUAGAGCCGGCAGCAGACACUCCUUAGAAGGUGCGUCCUCGAGUAAUUCAGCCGGCAGCUCACCAGUGACAGCUGCCAAUGGGGUUCGCACGCCCAAAAUGGAAGACGUUAAGCCUGACGUCUACGGCAGUGAAGCUCCUAGACAAACAGUUCUCAUGUGGGGACCGCCACCGAGGUCACCGCCGAAAAACAAUGGGAGCUAUAGUCCACCCACGCCUCACUCGACCCACUCGUCACACUCGAAUACGAACCCCGGGAAUGUCGGCAAUGAUCCACUCAAAUCGUUGGCUGAAAUGAACUCAAUAAACGGCGACUGCAAGUGGAAACAGACCUCGCCCAAUGGAGGCCAGCAGCAAGCUCCGAGUCCACCAAGAGGAAAAAAUCACCAACAACACCAGCAGCAGCAGCAACAACAGCAACAACAACAACAACAGCAACAAAAUCAGUAUCCUGUAACUAGCCACUACGGCACAUCCGGUGGAUACUCGCAUCACCAAGGACACGCUCAUGGGGAGACGGGCGCCGAGGUAUGGCAAGGAGUGCAACAUCACCAUCACUACCAGUACUAUCCCUACCACCAUCACCACCCCGCACCACCAAGGCACACGCCCCACACGUCAUCAUCGUCAGCGGGAACGGGGACGGACUUAGCAGGCUCGGGCAUGGACAUGCCCCAGGAACACAGCAACAGCAACAGCAACAACAACACCACCACCACCAACAACAACAACAACAACAGCAACAGCAACAACAACAUCAACAUCAACGCAUUGUAUCAUCCGUCUCAUCACGCAGCCUCAUCAGUUGCCACAAUAGUGCCAGCUGCCUCUCAGAUACCAAACCGGACGCCGGGAGUCCUCUGCUGUCCAUCUCUGAGGUGACCAACACCCUGCUCAACCAGUAGGAAGCCGAGCACCUCAUACCUGAUCCCCCUCGAGGAUUGCAAUAAAAAAAGUCAUUCAUUUGACUCGACAUACGUCAGCGCGUGUCAGCAAUCAACUCUGAAAACUCAAUUUUAAUUAUAACACAUAAAUAUAAAUAUAUAUAAAUAUAAAUAAAUUCAUUAAUUUAAUAAUUUAAUGUUAAAUAUUUUCGCUUGCCGAUCAACUGGUUCGCGGUUUCUUUUUUUUUGUAUAUUUUAAAAUUUCGCGGUAAUUUAAUUUUGUAAAAUAAAAUUUAUUUAUGCCUCUAUUUAAAACUUUAUCUGCUGCACAAAAAAUGAAGAUAUUUAUUGUUUUUAAAAGCAGUUUACUCUGUACAGAGGCUAGUUAAGUAGCGAGAUUGUGAGAUAGUUAUAAUUACAACUGAUUUUAAGUAAUGAAGUUAUUGAAAAUGAAUUUAAGUAAAAAUUAAUUUAAAGUAACAAAUGUAC